AUAAUACGCGGCAGUGGAAAUACACACGCCCACAAAGGAAACCCGCGUGUUUCCUUGAGGUUCCUCGUGAAUCUGAUUAAUAUCGUUUAAUAAUCUAUACUAGAUCUAUUGUUCGAACCAGAAUGACUUUUCAUGUGAAUUUGUAAGCGAUCGCUCACACAUUUUGAUCCCACUUCUAGCUAUAUCACUGCACAGGGAAUCCGCUUGUAGCUGCAUUGUUGGUGGUGGAUGCCACAUGUUUCGUUACUACUGUUAGUUAGCUAACGUUAGCUAGCUUGGAGUUUGUUCUUUUUACGUCGCUGGCGGUCCUUACCCACGGUUCCUACACUGGCAAUAUCGAAUUAACACAGAGGUAAGAUGGAGAAGCCUCCCCUGCCCAAUGACGAUUACACGUCAGUGACACCAGAGACUCAGCUGGACAGCUUGGCUGGCGAGGAUAGUCAGGAGGGCGAAGUGGAGCCCCCCGCCCGGGAUGGGUGGGACAGUAAACUUGAGUAUUUCCUGGCUCAGGUGGGGUUCAGCGUUGGCCUGGGCAACGUGUGGAGGUUCCCCUACCUCUGCCAUCAAAAUGGAGGAGGGGCCUUUCUCCUUUUGUACGUGCUGCUCAUGAUCCUGGUGGGCAUUCCCUUGUUCUUCCUGGAGCUGGCGGCUGGUCAGUCCAUCCGGCAGGGCAGCAUCGGCGUGUGGAAGCACAUCUCUCCCAAGCUGGCGGGGAUCGGCUACUCCAGCUGUGUGGUGUGUUUUUUUGUUGCUCUCUACUACAACGUGAUCAUCGGCUGGAGCCUUUUCUACUUAGGAAACUCAUUUCAAUAUCCACUACCCUGGAAGGAGUGUCCUAAAAACGGUAACAUAACUGUGAAGGAAUGUGAGGCCAGCAGUUCUACCACCUACUUCUGGUUCCGGAAGGCUCUUAACAUCACCGACUCCAUCGAACAGACGGGCGAGUUUAACCCUGUCAUCACCUGCUGCCUGCUGGCCGCCUGGACCAUCGUCUGCUUGGGCAUGUUCAAGGGCAUCAAAUCCUCUGCCAAGGUGAUGUAUUUCUCCUCGGUUUUCCCGUAUGUGGUGCUGCUGUGUUUCCUCAUCAGAGGGCUGAUGCUGGACGGGGCUGCAGAGGGCAUCAAGUACAUGUUCUACCCUAAGCUGGAGAUCUGGGGUGAAGUGCAGGUGUGGCGCCAGGCGGCAACGCAGGUUUUCUUUGCCCUGGGCCUGGGCUUUGGCUCGGUCAUCGCCUAUUCCUCCUACAACCCACGCAGCAACAACUGCCACCGCGACGCCCUCACUGUCUCCACCAUCAACUUUCUCACUUCUGUCCUCGCCACGCUGGUGGUGUUCGCCGUGCUGGGCUUCCGCGCCAGGGAAGUCUCAAUUCACUGCGUGAAGCAUAACUUGGCGAAGCUGUCGGAGCAGUUCUCAGUGGGCCCUCUUGACCGGGACCUGCUGCCCGUGAUUAACAUCUCUGACCCCAGCUUGGGUCCCCUGGAGGCCUACAGGGACUGGUUCAAGGUUCACGGAGCCAAUGUCCCUGGCAACCUCACCGACUGCAGCAUGGAGAAUGAGAUGAACAAAGGUAUGGAGGGCACAGGGCUGGCGUUCAUAGCCUUCACAGAGGCCAUGACUCAGUUCCCGGGCAGUCCCUUCUGGUCAGCCUUGUUCUUCCUCAUGCUGCUCAACCUGGGUCUUAGCACUAUGUUCGGCACCAUGGAGGGCAUCCUCACACCCCUCACCGACAACUUCAAAGUGCUGAAGCGCCACAAGACCAUACUCACAGUGUGUAGCUGCAUCAUCGGCUUCCUGAUUGGCAUGCUGUUCACGCAGCGCUGUGGGAACUACUUUGUGAUGAUGUUUGACGACUACUCCGCCACCCUGCCCCUCAUCAUCGUGGUGGUGUUUGAGUGUUUCAGUGUGUCCUGGGUGUACGGCGCUGACCGGUUCCUUGAUGACAUAGAGAAGAUGCUCCACUGGCGCCCUCCUGUGGUCUAUAAGUACCUGUGGAAGUAUGUGUGUCUGCUGGCCAUGCUGGGACUGCUGGGAGCCAGCCUGCUAAAGAUGUGCUUCAAACGGCCCACCUACACUGCCUGGAACAGAGAAAAGGCCUCCGAGGAGACUCUGGACUACCCUGACUGGGCCCUGGGUGUCUUGGCUGUUUUGAUCAUAUUCGCCACGUUGCCUGUUCCCCUGGGCUACAUCCAUUCCACCCUGAGGAACAGAGCUAGACGCAACUCCAUAGGAAGUGGCCUGGGAACCGACAUGGGGGGCGUAUACACUAAGUGCAGCACUGUGGAGUGUGACACCCCCGUAGCCGCCCUAUUGGACGAACACCUGGAAAGGAAUAGAAUACCUAUUGAUUCUCCCUCGCCAUUGGCCGAGGAGAACCUCCGGCUCCUCCCACAGAGGGAAGGGGCAGAAGAUGUAGAGGAUUCAACUAGCGUGUAAGGGGGAGGAAACAAGGAGAAAACAGACUAAAAUAGGGAAAUAUGAGCUGCUUGAUGUCAGAUGUUACAUCAUGGUACCACAAAAGAAUGUAUACUGACGUAUACAUUGAAAAAUAUAUUUUAAAGAUAAAAUUACUAGUUUUAAAAGAUCCUCUGCUUUCAGAUGUUUUCUUUAUUUUAAAUCAUAUGAAUGCAGCCAUGUUGGGUUACAUUUCAUUUUUUUAUGCUAUAUUCCAGAGAGGUGAAAAACGUAUUUGUCAGUAACAUCCCUACGGCUCAAACUGUUGUUCAUAAGUGAGGAUAUAUGUGUUGCCUCAAAAAACACCUAAGGUGUUUUUCCACACCACUUUACUUGGUUGCUUACAGAUAAGGCUCAUGAUAUGGGGCGGUAGAGAACUCUUAAGGACUGGAAUAUUCCCUCCCACCACAGGUUGGGUGGAAAAGUAUAGUUCCACUGUACGAUUGUGUUUCAAAGACCUGUAACAUGUCCUGCAAAUAUGUGUUGAGGUAACUUGGUGAAUGCAGAUGCAAAAUGGGUGACAAAAUAUUUUCCUGUUUGCCUUCAGUAAUAAUUCCCAUACAGAAUAGAAGUCAUCCACUCAAUUAAAAAAUGGCAAUUGUUUUUUUUAGCCUAAAUAUUAACGAUCCUUGCCAAAUUGUAUAUUGUGCCAGUUUGUUGGUAAUACGUCAUUUUUCCUGCUUUUCACUUUGAAACAAUCAAUGGAACUAUACUUUUCUGCCCAACCUGUGGUGGAAGGGAAUAUUCCAGUCCAAGAGUUCUUUACCACACCAUAUCAUGAGCCUUAUCUGUAACCAAGUAUGGGAUGUUAAACAUAACAGUGGUGUGGAAAAACACAAUAGGUGGGUUGCAGGUUUGAACGUUUUGGCAACACAUCUCACUUAUAAACAACAGUUUGAGCCUUGGGGAUUUUGACAAAGCACAGUUGGUAGUAAGGUGCCAGUAUCAGUGUAUCAAUUUGAUCAGUAUAGGAGCACGAGCACCUGUUUGUGAAGCUGGAAAAUUCAUCUCCGCACACUCAGGAUCAAUACACAAUUUCUUUAGGCUGCGCUUUAGGUCGUCAGACAUUCAUCAGAGCAUGAAUGGUUUCAAUUGAGCUUCCUUUUACUUGAGCCUAUUGGUUUUGAUUCAGUUUAAUGUAAGUGAAAUGUUUCGAAGUGGCUCCGUAUCCUACUGUAUUUUGUCUGUUGAUGAGGAUAUGAGCCAUGAACUUGACAUAGUGAGGUCCAAUAGUAUUUGGACAGUGACAAUUUUGUUGUUUUAUACAUGGUGAAUAAUGUAUUGUGUCAUUUGAGUCACAUAUGCAAAUUAGAAUGUUUCUGAACACUUCCACAUGAAUCAGUCCCUCUAGGAUUUAGUGGGUCUCUGAAAUGCUACUGUCCAAAUAUUUUGAACCUCGCUGUACAUUCCACUUUACUUUUGGAUGGAAUUUGAUGUUAAGUAUUUUUUAAGAUACACUUUCUCAAAGUACUAUUUAUACAAAUGUGUAAUAUAAUGCAAGUACUACUUUUAAUGUUUCUGCCAUAUAUAUAUUUUUUAAGUUAUCCUUAGUGUACGUGUUUUUUAAAUGAAAAAGAAAAGCAUCAGGCUAGAAUUAUGGUAGACUUUUCUGACUUGUGCUUGUAUUUGAAAUGUUUGUUGCCUCAAAGCACAGGUGUCAAACUCAUUCCACAGAGGGCCGAGUGUUUGCGGGUUUUUUUGCUCCUUCCUUGUAUUUGAUUAAUGAAUUAAGGAACUCCCCACACCUAGUUGUGUAGGGCUUAAUUGAAAGGAACAACCAAAAACCUACAGACACUACACCCUCCCAGGUUGAUUUGACACCCCUGCCUUAGUGUCUAUCUGCAGUUGCCACAAAUGUUGGGAUUUAAUAAAUUAAUGAGUUGGGUUCUAA